AUGGACAAGACCAAAAUAGACGUGGUCAAAGGCGCCAUCAGCAACGCGCUGUACGACUCGUCGAAACCGUGGGACCGGCUGUUCGGAUGGGCCGAGUCCCGCACCGGCAUACCGCGGUUCAAGCUGCUGAUCGUCUCCAUCGCCUUGGUCUCGCUGUACAUGCUGGUCGGCCACGGGCAGACGACCCUGAGCAACGUGCUGGGGUUCGCCUAUCCCGGUUACCAGACUUUCAAGCUGAUCGAAUCGCCGUCGAAUAGCGGCCGCGAGUCGCCGAGCGCCUACACAAAGUGGCUGAGCUACUGGCUGCUGUACGCGUCGGUUUUGAUAUUCGAAUCGCCCCUCAGCGGCUUGCUCCAGAUGAUACCGCUGUACUUCUUGCUCAAGACGUUGUUCUUCGCCUGGUGCUACUUGCCCAUCCGCAACAACGGCACCGCCAUCGUGUACGAGUCGCUGAUCCGACGGUUGGGCAGACCGACGUUACGCAACUACGACGACUGA